CAAAAGAAAAAAAUCCUUCUUGGCAGCUUGUAUUUUAUAUUUUUCUUCAAUGCGGUUUUGCAUUUUGUUUUCCCAAUAAUUUAAAGCAAUGUAUCGGUUGUAAAAUUUGUAGUUUUUCAUUAGUGCCAUAAUUAAAAUGCUUAAAUCAGUUUCGACUUAGGCAUUUUUAAAUUUAAAUUUAGUAUUAAGCAAAGUUUAAGCUUAUAAAAAAAAGAUAAACACAAAAACCAAAAAAAAACAAAAAACAAAAUCCCAAAAAUCUUCCUUUUUACAAGAACAAAACCAACAACAACAAGAAAUGGCCUUAAAAAUAAAUAAGUGCUGCUGUAUAAGCCUCCCAACUGCUUGUAUUACUAUAGGCGUUCUAGGUGGUUUAAUUUCUCUGUUAAAAUCUAUCGAAUGUCUUAUGCAUCUUUAUCAUCUGAAGGAUAUUAAAGAAUUCGAUGGUGAUUAUUAUGACAACAGAAUUGAUAUCUAUUAUGUACUGGUUCCUAAUAUUGUUUAUGUGAUAACAUCUGUUUUGCUCAUCAUUGGAAUAAGAAAGGAUUCACAUCUGCUAUUAUUACCAUGGCUAAUUAUCAACGUUAUUGCGCUUCUUCUCUCCGUGCCUACUGUUUUAUUUUUCUUCUACUAUUCUAGCUCCAGAGGAAGUACACGAAAUCUUCUUCAAAUCAUUGCAAUUGUUUGUGUAUUUCUUGGAAUCAUCUGCUGGUUAUGGAUAGCAGUUUAUUCACUUUUCCAAGAUAUUCGACAAAAACGAAAUGAACAACUUCCAGAAACAGAAAAAACAUUAAUGAAUUUAUAUCCUCGUUAUGAAAUUGUUCAAUUGAAUGUUUAAAUUUUGUGUUUUACAUAUUUUCUAUAUUUUUUUUUCUUUUCUACUUUUACUACGCCCAAAAAGUAUUUUUAUGUAUAAUCACUUACUAUACCUACAUAAAUACUAUAUAUAUAUAUAACUUAACAGGAAAUUUAUUGACUCAAUCAUCAAAGACUUAAGAAUGAAAUUAUAUCGAACAAAAACUUUUUAAAUUAACA